ACUUAGGCGUUUAGUUUUUUUGUUGUCGUGUGGAAAAGUAUUAUUUAUUCUGAAAACGUCGCAUGGUACAUAAUAGCACCGUGUAGAUUAUUUUAAUGUGUGAUUUCGGCAGAAACAGCGCGAAAUGCUGAAAUACACAACGUGUUUAUCGUUUGCAUCGGAUCAACUUUAACUAGAUGGAUGACGACAUGCCAAAUGAGGCGCUGGCUGAGCUCAGAACCAAGCACCUUGGAGUUUGGGGAGUUGUGCAGAUAGCUGCUGGCACUGGGCUUGCAGUCUACGCCAUGUGGGUUGGACUCCUUCAGCCUGGCUUCAGAAAAGUGCCACUAAAGCUACAGGUCCCCUACAUCCCUGCUAGCAAAGCUCAAGUAAAAAAUGUGAUGAGUUUGAUGAGAGGUAGAACAGGAGGUUUGGUCGACUUGGGAUCAGGCGAUGGUCGUAUUGUGUUGGAAGCCUAUCAGCAUGGCUUUGCUCCUGCGGUCGGUUAUGAGCUCAACCCCUGGCUUGUACAGCUGGCUCGCUUUCAUGCUUGGAGAGCAGGUCACCAUGGAAAAGUGUCAUACAGACAAGAAGAUCUCUGGAAGAUCGACUUGUCAAAAUGCAAGAAUGUCACAGUGUUUCUGGCUCCCAGUGUGCUUUCAUUGUUACAGAAAAAGUUGCAGGACGAGCUUCCCAAUGAUGCCUUAGUGGUGGCUGGCCGUUUCCCCUUCCCAGACUGGAACCCUUGCAGGAUUGAGGGACAUGGUGUGGACAGAGCCUGGGCCUACAAUAUGCAAGCACAACCGCAUCACACCAGUCAAAAAAACCAAAAACCUCAGUGCAAAACCGUGUGAUGCUGGCCAUUAAAUAGUUCAGGACGAUUUAGUCACUUAAAAAAAAAAUAAUGCUCUGAUUUUAGAAACACUAUCACUUAGGAUGAACUACUCUUAGGUAUUAAUGUUUUACAGACGUCAUAGACUAACUAGACUAUUUAUUUUUAUUUUUAAAAGGGAGUCAAACUCUAAGUCUUGAGAAAGUAUGUUACAUGAACAUACCUCUGUUGAUCUUUAGGGAGUUGCCAAAGUUCUGACAAUUCCAGAGGAACAACAACCCACUCUAUGUUACAUUGUGUGCUUGUUUUUUUUGACAAAUUCUAAAGAUAAUCACUGAUCUAAGCUUGAUGUUAUCUCUGCCACCUUUGGCAGAGUUAGCAUCACAAUGCAAGAGUAUAAACCCAAACUUAAACUGAGCCAUGAGUGCAAAUGUGUCUGUAGAUUUGCAGCUAUAGUUGGAAAGUUUCACGUCGGAUUUAACUGUCAGAGGUGUCUAUGGACAACCCUGCACCUGAAGUUUCUGUGUGUGUGUUAAUACUAUCCUGGUUCUGUAGCUGGGAAAAAAAAAAGAAGAAAAAUAACAACGAACCGUCUGCCAUCAUGUUAGAAAGUUUUUACAAUGUUUGGGCCUUUUUUUAUUUGUUCUUUGUCAUUGUUACUAGCCACACAUGGUGCAAGUGAUUAUUCCCAAACACUUAAGGCUUUUGAAACGGACAUUACCCAUGAAGUCUGACAUUUUCUUUUUUUGUUGUUGUUGUUUUUUGAAAUAACCAGGCAUCUGUUUUGAUCUAAUAUUUUUUUUUACAAAACAACAGCAUGUGUGCAUUUUUUUAAAGAUCUUCUAUUAUUUCUCCUCUUUCUUAUUUUAGCUGUUUAAAAUAGACAAUGAAAAAAUAUCCUAUUAUGAAUUUCUUUAUUAUUUACCCAAAGAGCUUACACUUGUUUUUAAAUAAUUCAUCAUCAGAUGAAGAGCUAAACUGUUUACUGAGUUUUGCGUGAAGCUUUUUAUGACAAAUGUUUUUAAAAUCAUCCAGUCUAAGCUUUCUUGCUUACAUGGGGUGAAUAUUUUUAUAAAUAAGAUAAAUUGAAGGUAGCCUUUUAACCUUUUGUAGAUUAAGACAUUUCAACAACAACCACUUUUCCAACCUUGUUAUCUUUUAAUCAUUACUCUGCGCUUCAUUUAAUUUGGAAGUGGGAAGUCGGGGUGAUGUCAUUUUUGACAUGAUGGCGAUCCGAUCUUCUAUGCAGUAUUUUGUGCAUAUAAACAGCAUUGGAACAUCAAGUCUUUAAAAACUAAAGUAGAGCAUAUAUGACUAAUUAGAAUACAAUAAAAUUCAACUUUAUUGUCAUUACACUGUCACAAGUACAAAGCAAUGAAAUUCACUCUCUGCAUUUAACCCAUCCCCUUGGGGAGCAGUGGGCUGCCAUUGUACAGCGCCCGGAGAGCAAUGUGGUAUUUAAGGGUCUUGCUCAGGGACCCAGAGUGGCAGUCUGUGGGAGUGGGGCUCGAACUCAGAACCUCUGGAGUCCAAGUGCAAUGCCCUAACCACUAAUAAUGAAAAAUGUCUAAAAACAGUCAAAGAAGGAAAGUGUAACCACUUCUAAUGUGAAAAGCAGCCUUCUUGAAUUCAGAAAUCGGGUGUUAUCUGCUCACAGGUCAGAUAUUCUGAGUACAAAUGAAAUGCAGCAUUAUAACAAACCAUUUAAGAGAUUCCAUUGAAGUCCUGAAACUCAAAAAGGUUGAGUGUUUGAUAAGCAGUACCUGCUGCAUCUGGGAUCAGACAGUGCAAACAAUAUAUAUUUUUAACAUUAUCUCUGUUUUGGCUUAAUAUUCUUCAUUUAAAUUGUGACACAGCUCAGUGCUACUAUAUUAAAUGUUCUGUUUCAUCUGAAGUUCUACAUAGAUCAAAUUGGCUGUUGAGCAUACUUAUUAAUAUCUAUAAACAUAUAAAAUCAAAUACCUAAAAGAGGGUGCAUUCACUCACAAGCAUGACUGUAAAACAAUCCUUUUAGCAAAGUAAAUGUACUUUCAUAAAGCUGGCCUUGAUUUAUGUAGUUUAUUUUCUUCUGUAAUUAUUUACCAUCUCAUAUUUUUUGUAUGUUUCAUAUUUUAUGAUGUUUGAAAAGUAGUAAUUAAUUAGCAUCUUUCCUCAAACCUUUUUUUUUUUUUGUCUCAUGCAGGUUUUUGUUUUGCUGCUUUAUAUUGAUUUCUGGACCUGCAGAUCAAAGGUGCUGGGAAUUAGAAUAAUAAUGUGUAUCUUAUCCAUGAACUAAUAAGGUUAAGACUGUAAAAGU